CGUACAUUUGCGCCGUCGAGGUACUGGAAAGUUGGCGACGGCUGGGAUGAAGGACUUCUCGACCGAAGUGCCCGCGACCAAGGGAACGUACCGGUUCUUGACAGGUCGAGGCGAAGGGGACAAGCCUCGUCCGUGCUACGAUUUUGCGGUGGUGACGAAGCGACUGCAAGGGCAGGAUUCCGAGAAAUCGGCGGUGCAGUCAACGAUUGUCGACCCUUUGGUGGCGCAAGGGCUUUGGGUGGAUGUGAUUGAAGGCACGGAUUCCACGUACUACAUUGUGCUCGUGCGGGCGCCAGAAGCACUGGUGUUGCAUUUCGCCAAGGAACUCAAGCUGCAGGUAUGGAUGCGGUGCGGCAACGCGCGGGAGCUCGACGACAUCCUCGUGAACGAUCCUUCGGACGUCGACCCCGCCGACCGCAUCCAGGCCAUCGAGUACAUCAUCCGUGUGAGGGCCAACAUCUCCAAGAAAUCCGUGCCGCUCAUCCGCCGCGUGUUCCCCGUGCACGACGAAGCCGAGACGGCCGCUUUGAUGCGCAAGUACAUUCGCAGCUGCGGGCGGUUGGACGCCGUUCAGUUCGGCGCGCACGUCAAGACGUACUUUGGGGAGCGCGUGGCGUACUACUUUUGCUUCCUCGACUGCUACAACCAGAGUCUGGUGCCCAUCGCCAUCGUGGGCGUGCUCUUUACCCUCUCCCGGCCUUACUUAGGUACUACAUUACUCCAUCAUCCCAUUGACGUCUUCUAGGAGUACUACUAGUAGUAGUAGUUGUCCUCGUCCUGGGCAACUGGUACUACUGUAGUAC